GUGAGUGGCUGCUCACAUGACCGCAGCAGUGGAAGCUGCGCGGCAGGUUGAAGCGAUGGGGUUCCGCUCGGUGUUGAGUGUCUUGUUGGGGGCAGCGAUGGUGUGGGGAGCCGGGGCCACGUGCGGUUAUCAGUCCUGCCCGGAGACAAAACCUGACAUGCUUAAUGUGCACCUUAUCCCUCACACGCAUGAUGAUGUGGGCUGGCUGAAGACAGUGGACCAAUAUUUCUUUGGAGUCCGCAAUGACAUCCAGCACGCUGGGGUACAGUACAUCCUCGACUCGGUCAUACCACAACUGCUGGCUGAUCCUCGCAAGCGUUUCAUCUACGUGGAAGUGGCCUUCUUUGCCCGCUGGUGGGGGCUGCAGACGGAAGACAUGCGCCAGGCUGUGAGGCAGCUCGUUGCUCAAGGGCGUCUGGAGUUUGUGAAUGGCGGCUGGUGCAUGAACGAUGAGGCAGCCGUGCACUACAGCGCCGUCAUUGACCAGAUGAGCCUCGGGCUCCAUUUCCUGCAGGAGACCUUUGGCGAGUGUGGCCGUCCUCGCGUGGCCUGGCACAUUGACCCUUUUGGCCACAGUCGUGAGCAGGCCUCGCUCUUUGCGCAGAUGGGCUAUGAUGGCUUUUUUCUUGGCCGCAUCGAUUACCAGGACAAGGCCCACCGAGAGGCCUUGCGUGAGAUGGAGCAACUAUGGCGCGCCAGUGAAAGCCUGGCUCCUCCUGUCGCUGAUCUCUUCACUGGUGUCUUACCAAACGGUUACAACCCUCCGAUGGCCCUUUGCUGGGAUCAGAUCUGUUCUGACAACCCCAUUGUGGAUGAUGACAGUGAUGAGAACAACGUGGAGAGUCUGGUGGCCUAUUUUCUGGGGACGGCAGCCGCUCAGGCCAAACACUAUCGCACUAACCACAUUGUCAUGACCAUGGGAUCUGACUUCCAGUAUGAGAAUGCUCUCCUGUGGUACAAGAACUUGGACAAGCUGAUCAAGCACGUCAAUGCAAAGCAAUUAAAUGGGAGCCGUGUCCAUGUUCUUUACUCUACCCCAAGCUGCUACCUGUGGGAGCUGAACAAGGCCAAUCUGUCCUGGUCCAUGAAAUAUGAUGACUUCUUCCCGUAUGCUGAUGGGCCUCACCAGUUCUGGACAGGAUAUUUCACCAGCCGACCAGCUUUGAAGCGUUAUGAACGGCUCAGCAACAAUUUUCUGCAGGUCUGCAAUCAGCUGGAAAUGUUAGCCGGUCUGCAAGCAAACAUGGGGCCUUAUGGCAAUGCCAACAGUUCUGUGCUGCGUCAGGCCAUGGGAGUCGCUCAGCACCAUGAUGCCGUGAGUGGCACAGCAAAACAGCACGUGACCAAUGACUACGCUAAACAGCUCUCUUCUGGUUGGGAUGCCUGCCAGACUGUGGUCAGUAAUGCCCUUGCCAGUAUUAUGGGAACCAAGGAGAACUUCAUCUACUGCCCCUACCUCAACAUCAGUGUCUGUCUCCUGACUGAAGCUGCCGAAACUUUCAUGGUGAUCGUCUACAACCCUCUGGCUCGCCCUGUGGACUGGAACAUGCGGCUGCCGGUCAACGGAAGCCAUUACUCUGUUGUGGAUCCCAACGGCCAGGCUGUUCUGAAUGAGGUGAUCCCCGUGUCCAGUUUCACCCAGGCUGUCCGGCGCGAUCGGGGCUAUGCUGCCAAUGAACUGGUCUUCCGUGCCUCUGCCCCUCCACUGGGCUACCGCACCUACUCUGUCUCCAGACGACCCGGCAAGAAGCCCGCCCUUGCCAGGGAGCUGAAACGGUUGCUCUAUCGACCUGGAGCAGCACCUCUUUCUUGGACCAUCCAGAACGAGCAUCUGCGGGUUGUGUUUGAUCCCAGCACAGGACUUCUGAAGACGAUUGAGAAUCUGGACAAGAACAUCUCCUUGCCAGUGUCCCAGAACUUCUUCUGGUACAAUGCCAGCACUGGGAACCAAGAGAAUAACCAGGCAUCUGGUGCUUACAUCUUCCGUCCAAAUGGCUCUGAGCCCUUCCAUGUCAGCCAACGAGCCCGCUUGUACCAUGUGAAGAACCAAGUGGUGCAGGAGGUCUACCAGAACUUCUCUGCCUGGUGCUCCCAGGUGGUGCGCCUCUAUGCCGGAGAGCCUUAUGUCGAGCUGGAAUGGACAGUAGGACCCAUCCCAAUUCAAGAUGGUCUUGGCAAGGAAGUCAUUAGCCGCUUUGAGACAAACCUGCAGACUGACGGGCUUUUCUACACGGACUCCAAUGGCCGCGAGAUCCUCGAGAGGAGGCGUGACUAUAGGGCCACGUGGAACUUGAGCCAAACUGAGCCCGUGGCUGGCAACUACUACCCUGUGAACAGCCGCAUCUACAUCAAGGACAAGAAAGUCCAGCUGACAGUACUGACAGAUCGCUCCCAGGGAGGCAGCAGCAUCCUUGAUGGUUCUCUAGAACUCAUGGUACAUCGGCGACUCCUGCAUGAUGACGCCCGGGGUGUCGGGGAGCCACUACUGGAACCUGGAGAUUACCACCAUGGACUGGUGGUACGAGGCCGCCACCUUAUCCUCUUGGACACAGCAGAAUCAUCGGCUGACCAGCACCGGCUUCGAGCUCAGCAGGAGUUCAUGGCGCCCCAGGUGGUCUUUGCCCCAGGUGGGGGACCUCCCUACCAGCCUGGCCAGGCCAACCUCAAGGAGUUCUCUGCCUUGAAGCAGGCCCUCCCUUCCAAUAUCCACUUGCUGACCUUGGCCCAGUGGGAGCCGGACUCCGUUCUCUUCCGCCUAGAGCACCAGUUUGAACGGGGGGAGAGUGCCAAUGGCUCCAUGCCCAUCACCAUUAAUUUGCUGAAUCUGUUCUCUUCUUUCACUAUCACCACUUUGGAAGAGAGGAACCUAGCUGCCAACCAGAAGUAUGAGGACAUGAGGAGGCUGGUCUGGCAGUCGGCUGAAGGAGCUGCAGAACGGCCACGAUCAAGCCUCCCUCCCCUUGACCCAACACAGAUAACACUAAAGCCCAUGGAGAUCCGGACCUUCCUGGCUCAUAUUCAGCACCGCAGCAGAAUAGGAAGAAGAAAAGAUUAAUGUUUUGCCUGUUUUUCUCUUCUGAACAGUGCCAGAGGUUGCCUCAAAAGAGGGCAGGAGACUGGCGCUCUCCACUGUGCCUUUUCCAAAGGGAAGAGCGGCUUUUUCUCUCAACCAACUGUUCUCCUUUCUUCUGGAGAAAUGAUUCUUGGUUGCUGCUUAAAGCUGGAAUUUAAUUAAGGGCCACAGGACAGUCUUUUGACAAUUGAAAAAGAGAUCAUUGUUUAAAGGCCCUUCUGUUCCUGCACCAUUCCUCUUUCAAGCCCACUCAAAAACAAAGACUGUUUUUAGAGGCAGGUAUGGACGUCUUGGAGGAUGUGGGCUGUCCUAAGUGCAAUCAUUACAUGUGAAAUAAACCACUUUUUAAAAUGA